UCACAUCCGGAUUUCAAGCAGGAAGUAAGCAGCACUCAAGCUAUGUUAACAAACACACCUCCUGCCCUUCCAAUGGUCAUGCUCUAACGACUAAUAUCAAAUUGUAAUUCAAGUUUUUAACAAACCGACGCAUCCCGACCAUUCAGAAAUGUACCAUGUUAUGAGAAAUGGAGUUUUAAUUUGCGCGAGGUGAACUGAAAAGAUGCUUCUUCGACAGUUGUGCUCCAGGCUGGGAUUACAUCGGUCUGUGGAGAACAUACACUUCUGCCUCUAUGCUUCAGCCAGUUUUUCCCAGUCAUGUCAUCUACGUAGUUAUGAAUCCAAACUGUGGAAUAAUUCUGACUCACCUGGCCCAGGAACGCCAAGGACUUAUUAUUUAAAUCUUUACCGGCAGAAUACCUGUUUCAAACAUGAUCUGCCUGCUGUGGGUGGAUAUAAAGGUUUGUUUAUGGACUCCAGGACACUCACGGACUCUAGGAUUGGACAGUAUCGUUUUUAUUCCACAGAUCUUGUGAAGUCAAUACUAAAACCAACUUUAAAACCAGUGAUGGUGCCUGGAAAAAGGGUUCCUAAAGGUCCAAGAACAAAACAACCUUCCAGAGCCAAUCAGCCGUUAAAGGAAGACAAGGACAUGAUGCAGUGUAUUGCCUUUGCAACAGCAGAUCAGUAUCACCUGCCAACACUUUGCCAUAAUUUGCUGGACGAGGGCUUCCAGGAAAUUGAUUUACCGAGAGAUGCCUCGAAUGUCCUGGUAAUCAGCACAGACAUGACUGCGAAACCAGAUGAUGAUGCUCUCAUCUACUUCUUCAGGGAAGGAGCUGUGAUUUUCUGGAACGUGGAGGAGAAAACGAUGAAGAAGGUAAUGAGAAUAUUGGAACAUCAUGAGAUCCAGCCUUAUGAAGUUGCACUCGUCCACUGGGAGAAUGAGGAAAUCAACUACACACUGGAAGCAGGAAAUACUAAGUUGGAACGUGGCAACUUUAUUCUAAGUGUGGAGAGCGAGCAGCAUGAAGCCAUUCUGGAGAAAUUUGCAUUUUCAAAUGCAUUAUGUUUGUCAGUAAAACUGGCCAUAUGGGAGAUUUUUCUAGACAGCUUUGUGGAGUCAAUUCAGUCGAUUCCAGAGACUCUAAAAUCUGGAAAAAGAGUAAAGUUGUCAUCUGCAGAAGUGAUGCAGAAAAUAGGAGAACUCUUCACCUUAAGACACUGUAUAAAUCUGAGGUCUGAUCUGCUCAUCACACCUGACUUCUACUGGGACAGAGAAAAACUUGAAAAGCUGUAUGAGAAGACCUGCCAGUUUCUCAGCAUCAACCGCAGGGUCAAUGUUGUGAAUGAGAAACUGGAACACUGCACACAGUUGACUGACCUUAUGAGGAGUCACCUGAGUGAGAAACACAGCCUGAGGUUGGAGUGGAUGAUAGUCAUACUCAUCACAAUAGAGGUUAUGUUUGAACUUGCAAAAAUGAUCUUCUGAACGGCACAAAGGUACAUUGUCAGUAAAUCCUUAUUUUUGAAAAGGAUAAGAAGUGAAUAAUUAAAGCCAAGUAAACCUGUGUAAAUGUGUACAUUUCAAUACACAAUAAACCCAUGUUCCCUGAAACUUUGUCUAUCUUCACAUGUUGCUGUUUUAAAGUAGAUUUUGCCGUAGACACCAGCUGAGAUUCACUCACUUUAUUCAAGUACCGUAAUUACAAACAUGUGAAGAUAGAUGAACGUGAUUGAAGCGUGUGUCUUGCUCAACGAUGACUUGUAACAACCCUGUUUCCUCUUCUGCACAAAGUAAUGACAACAUAAGGCCAGACACAAAAACCAAAAACUCUGCAAUAAAUGAGGACAAGUUAAGCUGCCAGUGUUAAAGUUUAAGGCUGUGCUUUUCAAAACAAAA